GUGCCGGCAAAGCCUUGGAGUUUGCGGGGCCAAGAUGGCGGCCCGGUGGGGAGCAGGAGAAGAGACGUUAACCAUCGGAGGAAUGGAGCUCUUCACCACGGGCGGCCCCCUCCAGUGCCAGGCCUUUGAAGAUGAUGAGGCUUGUACUGGACUCUCUGACCUUUCGCUGUCGUCCCUGGAUGCUGGCGGAAUCCUGGGAACUUUCCAGGGUUAUAUUGAUCACUCCAUCAUUUCUAUCAUUGAUGAUCCUGGUGCACAGGCUCAGAAUAAAGGUCAUUUUGAUGAAGAUAAUGAGUUAUCGCUUCUGACCGCCCUCACUGAAAUAUUGGACAAUGCAGAUGAUGAAAACAUGUCUCCGUUUGACACCAUUCCAGACACGGAACUUCUGGUUUCGCCAAAAGAUCGUGACAAUUCUGCAUUGCAGAAACUCCUCAGCUUUUCUCGUACCCCACCUGAACGGGAAAUGGCAAUAAUGGAUGAUCAGCGCAGAGCUAAUUCUGGCAAGGUGGAUCGAUCUUCAGCCCUAAAUUGGGAACAAUUUCCAGAAUGUAUUAGUUCCACACCAAAAAGGAACAGCCGUCAUAAAGUUGUAAGAGGAUGCAUGCCGCGUAGGACAAGAAAGGAAGCAACCCAGCCGCGGAGUGACGGAGAAGAAGAGGAAGUCAACAGCCCAGAAAAGAAACCCGAAGUGGUCCAGGAUUUGGCACAUUUGGUUGAUGACUUUUCAAUGGACUCUUCAACCCAAAAGAAUGAAUUUGAACAGGAAAUGGCUUUGAAUCAGAAUACUCCGUGUGUCAUCAACACAGAAAAUGUCACGCUUAAUGAUUUGGUGAAAUAUAUGCAUCCUUAUUGCCUUCCAGCAAUAUCCGUAUGCCUUGACCCAGAAGCGGCUGAGAUGGAUGAAGAUUUAGAAAAUGCUGUUUUUCUUGAGAUUGUGUCGGAAGGAGGAGAUUGUAUAAAACUCCCGGUGAGGAUGCAACAUCCAGGGGACGUUUUUUCUAUGGAGUCUUCAGAGGACAAUCUUUCUGCUCUACAUCCCGUAGAGCUAUUUGAUUCUGAACUGAAAAUUCCGAGCACUAUAACAGAUGAGUCUCAAGAAGAACAAUGUGUACCCGUACACAAAAUUAGUUUUGGUGAAACUUUUGGUACAUUACCAGAUGAGGUAGAAUCGCUGGAAAAACCACCAAAUCAGGAAAACGAAAAUUUGACACUGCCGUCCGUAGAACCCGACAGGGAGAAGUCCAACCUGGAAUCCUUGCAAGAAGUUGAAGUUUUGGAAAAGGAAACAAAGGACCUACCUGAACUUGAUGACUUCGCUACACCAAGAGUCAGUAAUGGAAACGUGGCAAAGAACUUUGAUCAGAAACUAGAGAAGCUGUCUCUUGAAAAGCGUAAGGAGCCAGAGAACAGCCAACAAAAUUCAUGUGCCCAAGAUGUCUCUGUUAAGAGGAAGAGAGAGAAGAAAGAUGGGCAAAGUGUGACCUCUAAAUCAAAAGUAAAGACUAAAAAUAAAAAUGCUAAUGAAGACAAGGAGCACGCCGUAGCUGAAAAGACGCUACAGAAGGCCGCCCCACCGCAGUCAAAGCGCCCAAGCAAUAAUUUGUUGCAGGAGUCGGAUUUCUUAACAAAACAAUUGGACCAGGUUAAAGAUUCUCAGAUGGAGCUUCGGUCAUCCAAAACCAUGAAAACUAGAUUAAGAAGCAGAGGAGGAUUAGAAAACCCACUCUCUUUGGAGAAGAAAGUACUCAACGAAAACGUUAAAAAGGCUGAGAAAAAUUCUACAGGAAAAGAAUUGCAGUCUGCAUCAGAAAAUGUGGAUGUUGAAAUUGGCACAUCUCGCCCAAACUUAAAAGAAGGGUGUGAAAUGACGUCCGAUCAGUCCCAAGACAAAACUGUCCCCAAAGAUGACAGUGCUCGAAAAGAAAGCACUGCUCACGAUGAUGUCUCUACUUCAGCUACUUGUGACAUGCAGGUAGAAGAUUGUUCUAACGUGGAAGAAAAGAACCUCAAUGUGGAAGAACAAAAAGUAGAGGAAUCAAACCAGCUUACCAAGGAGGUGAAGCCCAAGUCGCUCAGUUUAAGUGAAUACAGAAAACGGUUACAGCACCGUAAACCAAAUGCUGAAGAGAGAGAGAAUGAAAAUGCAUCGGGAAGUAAGUGGCCCUCCAUUCCUGAGCCGCCGACUGAGCUGGCGGAAAUCCCUUGCUUGGUCGUACCUGGAAAAGAUGCGGUGGCCUCCAAGACACCUAAGAAAGCUGCUUCGGUAGAGGAAUUGCCAUGUCCAACAACCGUGCCUGAAAAAACAAGUUUAGAUGUUUCAAAUAACUUGGGUUCUGCUCCACCAGCAGCGGCCUUACCUCCUGUUACCGUUCAGGAGACUCUACCUUUAAAUCAGACGGAGAUUAAGUGCCCUACUGCAGCUGACGCCAACGCUUUUCCUGUGCACCCAAAUAUACCACCUCCUUUUUAUCCGCCUGCAUGGCCAGGGCCCUCACCUCCAACUUAUUAUCCGGCUGUUCCUGCUUUACCGGUACCUCCUCCGUUUCCAAACUGUAUUCCACAUGAUCCUUUACACCCCAUGCCAGUUCAGCCACCGGUUAUGGCUUGGCCUCCUUUUCCGCCGCCGCCGAUUGCUGUGGGGACAGUUACUCCUGAUCCGCCUGUUUGGCCUCCCGUGUUUCAUCCACCUUACUGGCAGCCUCCUUCAGUUCCGCCGAGUGUUCCUGAAGUAAUGCCCGUACAACCCUUUCCUGAAAGUAUUGCUGCUGCUUCUCAGGUUACAUUCAAUUCAGCGUAUAGCCACGUGCAUCCCGAUGUCAGAGUGUCUCCAGACGCUCACGGAGCUCCUCCGAUGUGCAAAAAUCAGAGUGGCCAGCCUCCUAGUCAAAUGAACAGGUCUCCGGUUAAUGAACCUGGUCGUGCGUUUUCUGGAUCAAAGGAGAAAAUAGAGAUUCAUAAGCCUUAUAUUGAAAAUCUGAAGCAGAAUACAAUUAAACACCAGGAGAAAAAAGCUGCAGUGCCACCUGCUUAUGAGGUCCAAAAGCUGAAUCACCCAUCCCCGGUUAAACAAACAGAAAACAACUUACCAAAAGUAACGACCGUUACAAAGAAAGCAAUGCCUGUUCCGGACUUAACAUCUGCCAAUCAGGUGGUGUAUAAAAUAAUGGAACUUUUGAAGAAUGCGCAAAGAAGAGGUGUUCAGGUGAUGCCACCUUCUACUGGAUCUGCUAAAGCUGCUCCUGCACAAUGUCAAAAUUCCAUUAGUUCUGUGACACCAGAGCCUGCGCCCGUCGAGAAAUCCGGGCAGUUGGUAACGGCAACAUCACUCAUGGAGCUUAAACCUUCAGCUCCUGAAAUCCUACGUCUUACUCCAGUUCCUGCCGCGGAAUCUAAAUCUAGAGCGCAGGUGGCAGUAGAGAAGCCUUCCACGACGCAGGUUCUCGACACGGAGCACGAGAAACAAACAAAAAUGUCUAUACUUGUGCCGGCUGCUCAAGGCAUUGCAGAGGACUGCAUGCUGCUUACACCGGUGGAAGAGGGAUACCCCAAAGGAACCGUGGAGGAUUUUGCUUGUGACAAAGGGAUUGAAGCAACAGAUCUAACCAGCCUGCUAGAGCAGUUUGAAGAGUCAGAGGCUAAAGAUGAACGUAUGGCACAAAAUCCAGACUUAAAGUUGGCUGUAGGAAACUCUGGUUCUGAGAAGCCAUCAGAGAAGAAAAUCCAUGACCGGCUCCUGGCUCCUGAGUUACUUAAUACUGCUGGUCUGACUCCACCAGCAACCCCACCUCACCAACUAUGGAAACCAAUUAACGCUGGUCCUUUAUGUGGAAAACCGAAACCACUGCAUGGGAACCCACAGGACAAAACAUGUGCUUCCCCAAUCAAGACGACAAAGCUUAUUGAGGCAAAGCCUUUGCCACAGAGCAAGCUGCGAAACAAGAAUGUUGUGGCUGCUCCCAUCAAGGAGUCACCGCCUGUCCACGUGGCUUCCGGUGACCAUGAUUAUUGCAUUCUGUCUGCAUCGCAGCCUGACAACUGUUCCAACGUGGCUCAGCCAAAAACAGAAACCAAUGUUCUACCUUCUCGGUGUGAAGAAGGCUCUCGCUGGAACGUUAAACACCAUCAAAAUAUUUUGAUAAAGCCAAUCGUAGCCUUCAACAAGAGGCCUCCCAACAAAGUGUGCCAGAAGCCACCAGGGUCAACACAGCCGUCAAAUAUACCAAGCCAAAGCAUCCACUGCAGUGCUGCCAGGUCCACUCUACCAUGUACUACUGUCACAAAUGAUCUUGGGCGUCCUCUAGAUCAUAGGACUAAUGAUGUGCUGGAGGCUGAAAGACACUCUGUUUCAGUGUUAAUGUCUCCCGACUCAUCACCUUGUCAAAGUGAAAGCGGGAACACAGCGGCUGAUGUUCAGAAGGAGAAAUCCUCUGUUUCGUUUAGGUCCCUGCGCUGCUAUAGGAAGUACAAGAGUUCUCCGAGCCCAGAGACGACUAGAGGGAGGAAGUCCAGUGUUAGUCAUUCAUGUAGCUCAAGAUCAUCAUCGUUGUCUUCCUCCAGGUCCCGUUCAAGAUCACCUCCAUCAAAGAGGAGAAGAAAGUACAGUUCUAGAAGUAGUAGAUCAAGUUCAUCUUCAAGAUCUAGUUCUAGUACAAGAAGCACCUCUAGAUCCUCUUCCUGUUCGUCCCGUUCAUGCUCUCCAUGCUCCAGCCGGUCUCGGUCGCGGGCGAGGUCUGGAUCUCGAUGUCGGAAGAGGUACAGAAGUAGAAGAUCACGGGAAAGCGGUAACAGACAGAGAAUCCUUCACAAGGAGCGCGCCAUAGAGGAGAGGCGAGUCGUGUAUAUCGGUAAAAUCAACAACCGGAUGACCAGAUCGGAGCUGAAAGAGCGCUUUUCUGUGUUUGGCGUAAUCGAGGAGUGUACUAUUCACUUCAGGGAGCAUGGCGAUAAUUACGGCUUUGUAACGUACCGUCACACCAAAGAGGCGUUUGAUGCCAUAGAGAACGGCCACAAGCUGCGUCUACCCGAUGAGCUCCCCUUCGACCUCUGCUUUGGGGGGAGAAGGCAGUUCUGUAAAAGUAAUUAUGCUGAUCUAGAUUCAAAUUGUGAUAAUUUUGAUCCUGCGCCCACCAAGGGUAAAUCAGAAGCUGUUGACUUCGAUACAUUGUUGAAAUUGGCACAGAAAAAUAUUCGGAGGUAACAUUACGCCCAAGAACCUUGCAAGCAAUCAGGAGAUCAUAUCUAUAUAAAUAUAUGUAUACAAAUAUAUAUAACCAAAUUUACCUCAGAACACUGGAGAUGGCCAUUCACUAAACGAAAGCAUGAAGUUCCCCUUAAUGGGGGAAAUUAUGGAUUUUUUUUUUUUAAAUAAAACAAAAAUUAUAAAAAAGGUUUAAAAGACAACUAGAUUUUUUUUAAUGUCAUUUGUUUUUCUAACCUAUUUAACAAGUGCUUAAUAUGGAUUCUGAAAUUGUAUGGAAUAGUAUAUGAUGAAAAAGUGCUAUGCAGAAAAUCAGUAAAAAAAAAUACUAAAUGAAA